AAAGCUUCAGUGUAAUCCGCACGCUGGAGACAAAUUCAGAGCAACAACUAUUCCACCAACAACAUUUUUUUGCUUGCAACUCACAGUGUUUUGGACCACACAAAUUACACAAGAGAAGAGGAGCUGGGUGGUUUUUUGAUUUAAAAGACAAGAAAAACAUUAAUCUGUGAUUUCAGAAUUGUUUUCCUCAUCAUCAGCAACUCAAAAGUGCAAAAAAGGGAAAAUCAUGAAGAAGGGAAAGCAGGUCGGUGAUGAAAAGGAGCCCCCUACUUAUCAGGAGGCGACUGCAGGAUAUGAGGAGAUGGAGGCCCAGUUCGCCUGGGACGACAAGGUCAUCAGGCAGACCUUCAUCAGGAAGGUCUACGCCAUUCUCUUGGUCCAGCUGUUAGUGACAGUGGGAAUUGUUUGUCUCUUCUCAUUUUGUGCACCUGUGAGGUAUUUUAUCCAGACACAUCCAGGCUUGUACAUGGCGUCUUAUCUCAUGUUCUUUGCCACCUACAUCGCGUUGUCCUGCUGUGGAGACCUGAGGAGGCAGUUUCCUUGGAAUGUCAUUUUGUUAGUUCUCUUUACUGUGAGCAUGGCCUUCAUGAUGGGAUUUGUGUCGAGUUUUUACAACACCAAAUCAGUGGCUCUGUGCCUGGGAAUCACAGCUCUGGUGUGUCUUUGUGUCACCAUCUUCAGCUUCCAGAGCAAGAUUGACGUCACAUCCUAUCAGGGUGUCUUGUUUUCUUUAUGCAUGGUCAUGCUUCUCUGCGCCAUUACCCUCUCCAUUGUCGUCCCUUUUGGAUAUGUUCCCUGGUUACACGCCCUAUAUGCUGUGGGAGGAGCCAUCCUCUUUACUUUGUUCCUGGCGUUUGACACCCAGAUGCUGUUAGGGAACAAGCGCUACACUAUAAGUCCGGAAGAAUAUAUUUUUGCCACCCUCAGCAUCUACCUGGACAUCAUUUACCUGUUCAGCUUCCUGCUACAGAUCAUGGGAGGAGGCCGCGAAUAAAACAUUCCACCUCUUCUUCUUCCCCUACAUAGUAUUAAUUUGUCCUUUAACUGAUCUAUUUGAACUGCUAACAAACUCAACAAUCAACCUGGAUAUACUACCCUCGUGAACAAGACGACAUCAGGGGUAGGCCCAUAUGGUUUUUCAUGAAUGAGUUUUUUUCUGUAUGUAUCCAUGUCCAUACAAUCCUGCUGCUGUUUUUGUCACUUUGACACAGCCCACACCUGCCUGAUACCUCACUGCAGGGGCAGAGCCUGAUGUUUGUGACUCAACCCAGACCUAGGGGGGUCCAGAGGGUAUGCUCUCUUUGCCGUUUAUAGCAGCUACAUGCACCAUUUCUUUGAUAGUUGCCAGGGGAAAAAAAUAAUACUCUUGAGCAAGUAUCUAUUUUGUAUCAAAUAUCGUCUCCUGAAAAGAGGCAAAAAUUGGAAGUUGACAUAAACAGCAUCACUAAGAGUACACAGACUGGAUGUUUAGCUGACGAAUCUGCUACAUGUGAAUCCAUGCUGUAACAAUUUGAGCUGCUCUAAUUUCGAAUCAAGGAUCCCCAACAAGGCCAAGUAGAUGUAGUCUUUAAUAAUCAGAAUUUAAUAUUAGGCCAACAGAAGAACAUUUAUUCAGACAUAGUAGUACAAACAACAUGGGUAUGUAUUAUUAUCACGUAUGUAUGACACAACAUUGGAGGUAUUUUAAAGACCUAAAAGAUUCAGAGCUCACUGUAGUCAUUCACUUUACUCUGACCAUUCCUUUGUAUGUGAUUUUGUAUUUCUCAGGGGUCCACUGUGACCCCACCAUCCUACAGUGUGUAGUCAAACAGUCAUUAGGCUCAUAAGUGGACAACAGACCCAAAACAGAGUUAAUUAUUAUCUGUUUCCAUCACUGAGCCAAAAAGGGAGAUUCAUAAAAUCUGCACUUUCAGGUUGUGUUUGCUUUAAUAACCGACUGUUUCACCAGUUAUGUACAGUAGAUACAGUUUGUUUUAUACUUGUUUUAAUGCACAUUAUCACUGAUGACAAGUUUAGUGUUUAACUGUAUGUGUCUGAAAUAUUUUCAGCUCAGUUUGAGCGUGGAUAUUUUUGCCGGGAAAUACUGUUUGAGUGAAACUGAACCACUGGAUUUCACCUAACAUCUAGACUUUCGAAGCUAUGAUACAACACCAACCACAAAGGGAAACUGUGUGUUUGUAGCAUCAUUCUUCAUACUUUAACAACAUACUUAAGUUAUUAGACAUCAGUUGCACUUUCUAUUGUAACAUUAAUGUGGCCUUUGGGACGUGAUAGAAAAUGAUUUCAUGUGAACAAGUUGAUGAUUAGAAUGAGCUUUCGAAAUGUUCAAACUGUAUAGUGAAUAAAACACAUGGCAUGUUCAUAUUUGUUUUUUCUAACAGUGAGCUGUGUCCGUUUGAUUCUGACGUUUCAAUAAAAGUGACUCAUGAAAAGUUG